UUGUACACCGAAAGGAAAAUGCCGACAUGUCGUGGCGCCGCGCCUGUCGCUCACCACGGCGUCUCCGUCGUUGUGCACUUGGACGGUCACCCAACGCACGGCAUCCUUGUCGGUAGCGUCACACCAAAGACAUCGAUGUGCUCAGUCUUGGCGGAAGCAAUACGCGUUUACACAGACACGUACUCGGCAUACCAACUUCCUGCAAUAUCUGGGUUGUACGAUAUGGCGUCUGGAGUCGUUGUCGAUUUGGCAUCCACGGUGACCGUCGUCACGAACAACCAGGUCCAAGGCGAUACCAUGUUGCUUGAGUACGGCGUUGUUCGGUUGCACGACCGUGGUCGACGGUAUUGCCACGGCCCCCACGAGUUGGUGGCCAAGCAAGUUUGUGUGACCGAGAGAGACCCACUUCGACAAUUCGUCAAGGCGAUUCAGUCGUCGGUGGGCAAGGCUAUGCAGCGCUCCAACUCGUAUUCUCGCUCCAAGCUCUCGACGCCCCCAAAGCCUCCACUGAUCGCAACGCCGACGCAAUCCACACCACGCCUAAUCGACGUUGCUUCAAUCGAUGUCUCCAUCCGUUCGACAGUCGACAAUCAACCGCAGAUGCCUCGACUCGUUGACGAAAUGGAGCGUUUACGAAAGACACAACCAGCAACGAGCCUAGCCCAUGGUGGUCCGUCAUCUCAAUUGGGAACGGCCCAACACUUGGGCGGCGAUGCACUGGGUGUGGUGAAAACCACUGAUCGCCUCCGCGAACUGGACGACUGUCCAGCAUUUCGGCGAGCCCUUCAUGCCAUGGACAUCGAGUCCAACGCCAUUCAGCUUGGUAUUCAGAACAUGGUCGACGCUGCGAGGGCUCUGGGGCUCGCAAGCCAGGCGUUCCUCGCCACUUUAGAUGGUUUCAAGCGAGCCAUGCACGAGAUGACGAUUUCCCCGUCGGAGGCUACCCCUUCAUCCACCGACUACAGACAUACCAACUCGUGGCGCCUAUAUGUCCGUGCGUGCUUGGAUCCGUGCUGCCUCCGCCUGGAUGCUCUGGCGGCCACACAUGCAGCUACAUUUGACGCUAUGGACGAGCAUUUUAUUCAACCGUGGCAAGCACUCGCCACCGAAUGUUUCGGAGAUGUGCGCGCCCGGCGACGCGAGAAGCUCAACAUGCGGUUCACACAGCACCACAGCCUUGCGCUCGCGUACGCAGCGAUGCCAAUGGACGAGUCGGUUUACGAAGGCCAAGAUCGAGUGCUCAAAGCCACUCUCGCCGCAUUCGAGACAGCGAGGCGCAAUGUUGUCAGGCACGACCACGCGACGAUGCUUCGACUUUGUAGUGUGGCCCAGACCACGAGUCGCGCAUUCGCUGGAUCCGACACGCCGGUCGAAGCAAGGCAAGGCGACGUGAGCUCGCCGGAGCGCGAGAGCGGCGACUCUGCAACGCGGGCGAUGCAAGGAUACUUGUUUCAAGUCGAUGGGCCAGGGGGAGCCCGCGUGCGACGGUGGGUGUGCAUCCGCGACGGGAUGCUGUAUGCAGCUGUGGAUGACUUGGCCCUUGUGGACGACGAGCUGGUUGCCGACUUGAACAGCGCGACGGUCGUGCGAUGCCGCGAUGCCACUGCGUGCGCCGGCGUUCGAGGCAUUCGCCAUGGGUUUCAAGUCGUGGAUUGCGACAACAACGGCGUCUCCACGUCUACAUGGCAAGCAGAUACCCGCGACGUCUUGGACGAGUGGAUCGUUGCCCUUGCUACCCACCAGUCGCGCCAACCACCUCCAUCGCCUCCCGCCACGUCACCCACAGCAGAGCUGCCCAAGCCUGCAGAGGUGUGGAUGGCCCACCACGAAGCACCGCUCGUUGUCCAUCCGAGGGAGGCCGCCGCCGACGAAUUCAUCGAGAUCGUGCGCCAGGUCCUACCGUGCUCCGUUGCAACGUACUUGAACCGUUUCGUCGUCGAUGCUACGUUUUCAACCGCGUUCCUGACCCAGCAAGGCGCGUCAGCGGUGGAGUUCUCACCAUGGGUUGUCGACACGUCAAGCCCAUUCGAUGGAUCGAAGCGAUACACACGACGGCGCAGGUGCAUCCUUCCCGUCGACUCUGCGUUGAGCCAAGGGACGACCCGCAUCCACGCGACCGACGUGUAUCAAGUCGCCGGCGACAACGACUGCGCGCAACUGCGGCUGCUCUCGUCCGACGAGAGCUUGGACGUUCCCUACGGGUCGUACUUCGCCGUGCAGUCGCGCACGACCGUUCGAAGCCUUCGGUGCGAGUGUCCCGGCGACGCGCCGCCAUUACGGCAGACCGAGAUGAUCGUCGAAAUCGGCAUCUACUUCUCCAAGCGAACGAUGUUUCGUCGCAUGAUCGAGUUAGCGUCAUGGAGCGAAGCCAAAAAGUCGUUCGAAACGAUGGCCAAGGCGAUCGUGGUGGCCCUGGGAACAAACGCAGAGCACAAAACGUAAUUACAGUGAAAAAACGCGCACGAAAUGUAAU